UCUGCCACCGAAAACAGCACACCGCCAGCAUCACUGACAGUUGGGCAGAUUUUUUUUGUCUCUUCGGGUCGUUUUUGUGUACACGGAAGGAUGCACCGUGGAAAAGCUUCUUUGACUGGCGAGAAAAACAACAAACCCUCACCUACAUUUGCUGGUCACCACGCCCGUUGUUGCGCGCUGUGCUUGCGGAUCUGGAGCUCCAGCCAGCGAACCAUCGGCGUUGUUGUUUACCCGACUGAUUAGCCGUACGCACCAAAACCAACGCUACCAGCCAUAGUGUUUUAUCACGUCUGUAGUCCUAUUAGUAGCAUCAUUACUCAACCGUGCGCGCGGUCGUCCGUCCGACCUGGAGGACAGCAUAUAGUUUUAUACGGCAGCCUAAUCAAACUUCAAUCCUAAUCUCGCAGCCAGCAUAAUGUCGAACUACCGUCCCCGGGGAGCGAUUGCCAAAGUAUUUUUUGACCGUAUUCACAACGACGACGUUAUACAGCAGAUCGAUAUGACCACGGUAAGCCCUUGCAUGCGUUGCACUGAUGAACACACACGGGACAAAGGUGGCUCCACCAAGGCUCGAUUCAAAAGUGUGCGAUAGAGCUGCUUUGAUUUGUUUGAAUCGCACUCGAGAUAAAAGCUUAUCUUCCUCCAAAACAGAUCAGUCACUGGUACACCAUGGGAAAAUUGCCUCGCAAAUAUGGCACCCUAUACCAUCAUUUAAACGGACCGGACGAGCUUACGCUCGAGUGGUUGGAACGGUCGAAAAAAACGUCCGGCCGGUUUUGGUUACAGCUGUGCCACGAAGUAGCGAAGCUGUUCCUUAACAUGUUUAUGACCCAGACCGAUAUCAAUGGUUUCCUCAAACGUGGCUCCAUGUUCAUCCUGUCCGAGCUGCAGUUCGAUGAGUUUCUUACGGCCGGAGGCUUUUUUCAGCAUCGCGAAAGGCAAUCAGCGCUCAAUGUCUGUGACAUUGGUGCCGGUGAUGGGGAGGUGACGUUACGUUUGGUGCACACCUUGCAGCAGAAACGUAGCUGGCAGGUUACGACGUACGCCACGGAAUCGAGCUGGACGAUGAGAAAUCGGUUAAACGAGAAGAAUUUCAUUGUGCUGGAAACACUAAACCAAAUUCACCAAGCGGAUCUCAUCGUGUGUUUCAAUGUGCUUGAUCGAUGCUUCGAUCCACAUCUUAUGCUAAGUGAUAUAUACGAAUCGUUAGAUCAGACGGGGUUCGCACUGAUCGCGCUGGUGUUGCCGUACAGUCACUAUGUGGAGAAAAAUUCCAGCCACCUACCCUUAAGAACACUGCUGGAACCGUGGCCACCGGAGAAGCGGCUCACGGUAGAGGAGGAACUGGAAAUGUUCUUCGAUGUGCUGCAGUCGGUGGGAUUCAAAAUACGGACCUGGACCAAAGCGCCAUACCUGUGCGAAGGUGACCUGCGCCAGUCAUUCUACUGGCUUACUGACUACGUUGUACUGUGUUCAAAAUAAAUGUGCAAUCAUUCCAGUUAAACAUAAAAAAAAACAAUGGAAUAAUGUGAAAGCUAAA